CUCAGGGGCCAUUUGGUUCACCGGAAUGGUAUAAUAGGAUUGCAAUAUCAUUUUGCAUGUUGGGCCAGUUGGCCCAAUUUAGGUUCAAUCUACAUCUAUCAGUAUUCAAAUUUUUCGCAUUUUUAUUUCCUUUCUGAAAGAAAUUCAUCGAACAAUUUCAAGUGUUGUUACAAGGGAUGUCAAGCUAAUGAUCCUCACCUCCUUCAACAGAGCCAGUUGUACAAAACUUGAACCCAUUUUGUUUGCUGUCUCUCACUUCCGUAAAAACUACCACUCCCUUCCCUUGAAUCCCUUUAACUACCUUUUGAACUCUUGUUCCUCUCUUUCGGACCUCAAGCGAAUCCAUGCUCUUGUUCUCGCUAAUGGGUCUCACAGAAACCUUCUGUUAUCGACCAAACUCAUCACCUUAGCCUGCUCCUUGGCUCCAAAAAUGGACUAUGCACGCCAAAUGUUUGAUGUAAUGCCUGAAAAGGAUGUGUUCGUUUGGAACAACCUGAUUCGAGGCUACGCCAAUCUGGGUCCUUGUCAAGAGGCCUUAAUGCUCUAUAGAGACAUGCAUCGAAUUGGGUUGUUACCGGACAGAUAUACUUUUCCUUUCGUUUUUCGGUCAUGUGCAGUCCUCUCGGCCUUGAGGGAAGGGAGGGAAGCACACUGCAAUGUAAUUAAGAACGGGUUCGAUCUGGAUGUGUUUGUGCAGAGUUCUUUGGUUACAAUGUACUCACAGUGUGGGGAGACUUUAAGUUCGGAGUUAGUUUUUGGGGAAAUGGUUGUGAGGAACAUAGUUUCUUGGACUUCAAUGAUUGCGGGGUAUGUACAAAAUGGGCUUUUCGAAAAGGGCUUGGGUCUUUUCCGAGAGAUGAUAGCUUUGGGAACUCAACCAAAUGCAGUCACGCUUGUGAGUGUUCUUCCUGCCUGUGCCGGUUUGGAGUUUUUCAACUUGGGGAGUUUGGUUCAUGGUUAUGCUGUUAAACUGGGGGUGGACUCGGAUAUUUCACUGACCAACACUUUGAUAGCUUUGUAUGGCAAGUGCGGAAUUGUAGAUACUGCCAAAUGUUUGUUUGAUCAGAUGCCUGUCCGUAGCCUAGUCUCAUGGAAUUCCAUGAUUGCUACCUAUGAACAGAACAAUGCCGGUGGGAAUGCAAUCCAGCUCUUCCAUAGAAUGGAAAUCGAGAACGUUGAGUUUGAUUAUAUCACAAUGGUGACUGUCAUAUCAGCUUGUGCUAAUUUGGGAGCACUCAAUACUGGAAAAUGGGUACAUGAACUUGUGAGAAGCAGAGGCCUAGAAACCAAUGUUUCGAUCGCAAAUGCUUUAAUCGACAUGUAUGCAAAAUGUGGGAACAUAGACUUGGCCAGGGGUGUUUUCAACAGUUUUCCUCGUAAAAGUGUGGUAUCCUGGACUUCGAUUAUAGGGGCUUGUGCAUCUCAUGGGCAUGUGGACGAUGCUCUUAAGUUCUUCUCAAAGAUGAAAGAAGAAGAAAUUAUGCCAAACAGCUUCACUUUCAUGGCUGUUUUGACAGCUUGUAGGCAUUCAGGUUUAGUAGAAGAAGGAAGGAAGCAUUUUGAAAGCAUGAGAAAAGAUUACUCAAUAGGACCUGGUUUAGAGCAUUGUGCUUGUAUGGUGGAUCUUCUUGGUCGAGCUGGCCAAUUAGCAGAGGCUUACGAAUUUAUUCAUAGCAUGCCAAGUGAGCCGAAUAGUGAUGUUUGGGGAGCUCUGCUUGGUGCUUGUAGAAUCCAUGGCAAUCUUGAGCUAGCAGAGAUUAUUGCUGACCGACUCUACAGAUUGGAACCUCAAACUGUUAGCUUUUACGUCCUUAUGGCCAAUAUGUAUGCUGAAGCUGGUAGGUGGGAAGAUGUAGCAAGAUUGAGAAAGUUGAUGGAAGAAAGAGAGUUGAAAAAAAAGAUUCCCGGCCAUAGUUUUGUAGAGGUAAACCAGACGUUUCAUACAAUUUAUCAAGUUCAGAACCACAGCAUUCCUAAGAGGAAGCAUAUUCAACUGGGUCAUAUUCAUCUCAAACACAGCAGCUCCAGAACCUACUGAUGUUUUCACAAGCAUUGGUGUCCUAAUGAAUAUACAAUCUAAUGCUUAGGACGCCAGAUAUGAAUACUUUGUUUCUUGUGAGCAACGAUUGGCGAAAUCCACAUAUGAAAGAUCAAGGUACGUGAGUUGAUUGGCCUAUGUUCUAGAUGGGAUUCGGAUGGAUAAACAAUCAGCAGUUUCCUAAUGGUAUAUGGUGUCCAACAAUCCCAUUGCUGGUGGCAGUGCACUUAAAGUCGCAAUAGCCACUUGGGUUGUAGGCAAAUUGAAGACUCGUUGAAGUGAAAAACUCUUUAUUCAUUUUUUUCACUCUAAGCAAGGAAUUUAUUCUCUGUAACUGAAAUAAUGGAAGCUUGUAAUUUUUAAACCUAAGCUUAUGUCAUUGAUGCAGCUUUUUAACUCAUAUUUAUCCUUAAAUUUGGGUUUGUUCAUUUAA